UUACGUAGCAAACAUGUGGAUGGGUAUAACAGCAUGCAUUGUUCUAUUGUGCAUCUGUUGUCAUGCAGGUUGCAUCAGUUCCAGCAUAACUUUAAAUGCACCAGACACCUCCACAUGUGCAGGUGUGAUACAGGUCAAUGCUAAAGUAAAGUUUACUGCAGUUGUAGAUUUUUCAUCAUGGCAUGACAGCUGGUCAAAGUCUGUGUUGUUUGAAUUUAAACCAACAAGUGCUGCAACGUUUACACAUCUUUGUGUGGUCAACUUAAAUAACACAACGUGUAGCUAUACAAGUCAACUGAUGUGCUACUGCUCUCACAACACAAACAAAAUAUAUCACAUCGUGAUCAACGCCACACUGUAUGAGAAGAACAGCAGGGCAGAGAUACGUGGCUAUGUCAAAUACACGGAGGGGCAACAAUGGUAUAGUGAAGUACAGAGAUAUCCACCAUUCUAUAACAUAUCAGCUCUAAACUUCACCAUCAACGGUCGCAGCCUACAGCCAGACUCAAAAGUUUUUGAACUAAAGACCAACGAGAGUACAAUCACGUUCUGUUGCCGAGAUUUGCCGUCACCUUGUAGAGCAAACAUUAAACACCAACAAGUUGUGGCUUCUGGUGAACCUUGUGCUGUCUACAACAUCAGCUCUACACAUCAACAGGGGAGUUUCAAUCUCACUUUGGCUUCCGAAUUUUGUAAACGAACCAAAGAGAUGAACGUCUGGUUUUCCUAUGAAAACAACGACGAGGGCUUAACGGAAAAUAAUGUCUUAAUAGUGUCACUCGUUACAGCUCUCAUUGUCCUUAUCAUUGUCAUACAAGCUUCUCUCUUCUACUUCAAGGCACUUCAGAAAUCGAAAGAGAACUCGAUGAGCGUAAAUGGCGUGUCUUUAAAAACUGUGUCGGAGAAUGUAAAUGCGGACGCCAAAGACGACGGUUUCUCUGAGGAAGAUUCAUACAGCGAUGGUUUCUACAGCAGCGUUGAUUCUGUUGGAAAAUACUGAACUAGUGCUGCCAUAUGUCUGGUUUCUACAGCAGCGUUGAUUCUGUUGGAAAAUACUGAACUAGUGCUGCCCUAUGUCUGGUUUCUACAGCAGCGUUGAUUCUGUUGGAAAAUACUGAACUAGUGCUGCCCUAUGU